AUGACUGUGACCCGCACGCAAGCAGGCAAAACCCCCAAGAAGACCUCUCGGCCUGGUUAUGUCGAAACACCUGGCACGUUUGGCAAGUCGCGGACGCGCAAGUCUGUAAUUCCUGUCUACGACGACUCUUCAGACGCAUCCCCGAGUCAAGACGAAGAGACAAGCACUCGCGCAGAAUCUCACAAAUUAAGCACCAACGGCAGUGCCAACGGCCACCUCGUGGAGAAGGCUACUAGCUUCUUGAAUAGCCAUACCAAGAGAGAAGCCAAUGGUUCCAUUAAUGGCUCUGCCAAGAAAGAGGUCAACGGGUACCUGACAAAUGGGAUUAAUGGACAUGUCAAUGUGCGCAGCAAGCUCAUCGACGGGUGGGAGCCGGGCACUGAUCCGAGAAUCGAUACAUCCGGCCAUUUUGAAUUUGGAGGAACGCCUGGUGUCGCGGCCAUCAUGACUGUAUUUCCAUUGCUUAUGUACUAUAUGUGGAUUGGUGCAACAUAUUACGAUGGGAAAUUACCUCUACCCAAAGAAGGCGAGGCCUUCUCGGAUUUCCUCCGCAGUCUACUGCAAAUGGCAUACAUCGGGGCAUGGCCAUCAGCAAAGGCAUGGGCGAUGUAUUGGGCAUUCUUCGUCUUCGAAGGCGCCCUCUACUGUCUGAUGCCGGGGAUCUGGACCAAAGGAAAACCACUUGCUCAUGCAAAUGGGUUGAGGCUGGAUUACUAUUGCUCUGGGAUGUGGUCCUGGUGGACGACAAUUGUUCUUGCUCUCGGCCUUCAUUUCACCGGAAUCUUCAAACUGUACGAAAUCAUCGACGAAUUUGGACCGCUUAUGUCAGUCGCCAUUAUUUCCGGCUUUGGCGUUUCCAUAGUGGCAUACAUAUCAGCCAUUUAUCGUGGAAAACAACACCGAAUGACUGGCUCUACCUUAUAUGACUUCUUCAUGGGUGCCGAACUCAACCCCCGCAUGUUUGGUAUUCUGGAUUUCAAGAUGUUUUUCGAAGUUCGCCUACCUUGGUAUAUUCUUUUCCUGAUCACAACUGGAACUGCCGCGCGUCAAUAUGAGAGAUAUGGAUAUGUGUCGGGAGAAAUAGGGCUUCUUCUGCUAGCACAUUUUCUCUAUGCCAAUGCCUGCAGUAAGGGUGAGGAGUGCAUUGUCACCACCUGGGACAUGUACUACGAGAAAUGGGGAUUCAUGCUGAUUUUUUGGAAUCUGGCCGGUGUACCACUGACUUACAUUCACUGCACACUUUAUCUCGCCAAUCACCAUCCAAGCACCUAUUCAUGGAACAAGUAUGCUCUGGCAGCUCUCUAUGUCGCCUACCUGUUCGUUUAUUGGGUUUGGGAUACCACCAACAGCCAGAAGAAUCGCUUCCGAGCAAAGGAUUCAGGGGGUGCCAUUACUCGCAAAGCCUUUCCUCAGCUGCCCUGGCAGACUGUGGACAAUCCUAAAAUUAUUACAAGUGAGAAUGGGGAUACCAUUCUGGCAGAUGGUUGGUGUAAGUGCUCAAUUGAUGUAACUUUGAGAGCUGUCUGCUGA